AUGUCUUUAUCAUUGACGAUGCUCUUCUUUUUCCUCCUCGUCUCAACCAUCUCCGUGACCUCAAGCGGCCUAUGGUGCGUGGCAGAUGAUGACGCGACAGAUGAGCAGCUACAAGCGACUAUAGAUUGGUGUUGCAGCGACUCAGGAGGUUUCCGUGAUUGUACACCGAUCCAACCCGGUGGUGUCUGCUAUGAACCAAACACUCUCAAAGAUCAUGCGUCGUUUGUGAUGAACUCGUAUUACCAGGAACUUGGUCACACCAAGGAGCAAUGCGAUUUCAGUGGUACGGGAAAUGUAGUUCGUCACGACCCAAGCCAUGGCCCUUUUACAAAUUAA